GAAUCCAUUAACUCACGCAAAACCUAGACCCUUCUGACUUGCCAUACCAAGAAGCGCCAGAAGAAACAUGGCGGCCGCUGCGCUCGUUAGCCGUCCUGCGAGUGUCCUUCCCAGAUUUUCAAGUUCAUGCUCCCCUGUGGUGCUAUCAGCCGUCCCUGUGACAGUCCAGCAGAGAACGGUCCACCAUGCUGUCAUCCCCAGAGGGAAAGGGGGGCGCUCCUCCUCCAGUGGGGUAGCAGCCACAGUCUUCGGAGCCACCGGCUUCCUGGGAAGAUAUGUUGUCAACCGCCUGGGUCGUAUGGGUUCUCAGAUUGUGAUUCCUCACCGGUGUGACCAGUAUGACCUCAUGUAUCUCAGGCCCAUGGGGGAUCUAGGACAGGUCAUCUUUAUGGAGUGGGAUGCCAGGAACAAGGAUUCUAUCAGAAAAGCAUUGGCUCACUCCAAUGUGGUCAUCAACCUGGUGGGACGAGAGUGGGAAACCAAGAACUAUCCCUUUGAGGACACCUACGUGAGCAUCCCUCAGCAGAUUGCCAUAGCCACCCGGGAGGCAGGCAUCACAAAGCUGAUCCAUAUAUCUCACCUCAACGCUGACAUCCGCAGCCCCUCCAAAUACCUUAGGAAUAAGGCAGUAGGUGAGACGGCUGUGAGAGAUGAAUUCCCUGAUGCCAUCAUCAUGAAGCCUGCUGAGAUGUUUGGAAGGGAGGACAGAUUCUUCAACCAUUUUGCCAACAUGCGCUGGUUUGGGAAAGCUGUGCCUCUCAUCUCCAUGGGGAAGAAGACGGUGAAGCAGCCUGUUCAUGUGGUAGAUGUGGCCAAGGCUAUCAUCAACGCCAUCAAGGACCCUGAUGCCAAUGGCAAGACAUAUGCACUAGUUGGACCAAACCGUUAUCUCCUUCAUGACCUGGUGGAGUACGUGUAUGCUGUGGCACACAGGCCCUUUGUGCCCUACCCUCUCCCACGCCCUCUCUAUCAUCUUGUUGCACGUUUCUUUGCAAUGAACCCAUUCGAGCCUUGGACAACUCCUGACAAAGUAGAUAGAUUCCAUACCACAGAUAUGAAGUAUCCAGGGCUUCCUGGUUUAGAGGACCUAGGCAUUAUCCCUGCCUCCAUAGAGCAGAAAGCUAUCGAGGUCCUGCGUCGCCAUCGCCGCUUCCGCUUCUUGGAGGCUGAGUUGGCCGAUACCAAGCCAGCCAAGACAGUCAACUAUUGAGUAGCCCGUCUUGUCUGACCGCCCAACACCACCACCAUAGCCACAGGCUGAUCCUCCUAUACAACUGUGCUGUCUUCUUUUACAAAUACUCUGUACAUAAAUAAAUAACAGAUGAUCGUCUAAAACUA